ACUCGUGUCUGUCGGUGUGAGUGCGGAAAGUGAGACAGACACUGUGCGUUAGUAGCAGCGUAGACAGCUACGGGGACCUCUUCUCCCAGGUGACCCCUGACCGCAUGAAGGGGUCCAGCCCACGGACCUAGCCGGGGCUCCGAAGGUUCAGAAGCCAGGCUGGCCACCGCCUGGGUCUGCGGCAGGCAGGCCUGGGUCGCACCAACUAGAGAGCUGGCUCGGCAGGCCCAGGCCGCUGGAGACAGGCAGUCACAGAGCUCUCUGCGGCCCGGAGAGCCCAGGCCUCAGGCCCUACAGACUGAGGCCAGAGAGGCCUGGCCGGCCCAUCCAGGCUCAGAGCUGCCCUCCCCUCCAAGAAUGCCGCCCCCCUCCCGCCCCAGGCCCGUGGAAGGGCCCGUCAAGCACCGGGGCCGGCACCGCCUGCUCCUCCACGGCUGCUGGCCUCAGCGUGCACCACGGGACCUCUUCCGUGCCCUGCUCGGUGCCUGGGGACCGGCGGCCGGCGGCCACCCCCACUGGACAGGGCCCAGCCGCGCGCGUCCCGAGCGGCCUCCAGGGGGCGUCGCCGCGCAGCCGGCGGGGGCUCCGCCGGCCCGCCCCCCGCCGCACGUGCGGCGCUGCUUUCCGCCGCCUCAUUUCUCCCCAGCCUGAGGUCGAUGCCUAGACCCUGAGCAGGCGCAGCGUCCGCUUGUCCACGAGUCUGCUCAUCGGCUUGCGCGGGGCACGGUCGGCGCGCCCCGCUCCGGCCGCGGCAGGUGCAGGGUUAAGGCGGGGGGAGGCUUCCGCAGUCGGUGGGGGACGAGGGGCGGACCCCGGCCGGCCCCGCCCCACGCCGGAGCAGAGCCCGAGCCCCGCGGAGCCUCGCCGAGGCCGGCCGCAACCCCAGCCGGACCGGAGCCGGCACCGAAGGAGCCGUAUCGGCGGACCCCGCGCCCCGGCGGCGCCGGAGCCCCGGCCGGUGAAGGCCUCCCUGGAGCUCUGGUGGAGUCCAGAUGAGGCCCCACCGUGUCCCUCAGUGAGGCCUGCAACUUGAGCGGACAGCAUGGCCUGCCACCGGAGGUGAACACCAUGGCCACAGGAGGCGGCCGGGCCUUCGCCUGGCAGGUGCUUCCCCCCAUGCCCACCUGCCGGGUCUAUGGCACAGUGGCAUGCCAGGACGGGCACCUGCUAGUGCUGGGGGGCUGCGGCCGGGCUGGGCUGCCCCUGGACGCCGCUGAGACACUGGACAUGAGCUCCCACGCAUGGCUGGCACUGGCGCCCCUGCCCACUGCCCGGGCUGGUGCAGCUGCUGUGGCACUGGGCAAGCAGGUGCUCAUGGUGGGCGGUGUGGAUGAAGGCCAGAGUCCAGUGGCUGCUGUGGAGGCCUUCCUGGCUGAUGAGGGCCGCUGGGAGCGUCGGGCUUCCCUUCCUCAGGCAGCCAUGGGGGUUGCGACUGUUGAGAGAGGGGGCCGCCAGGGCAAGCUUCCGGUGACUGCUUUCGAGGCCUUUGAUCUGGAGGCCCGCACCUGGACACGGCACCCGAGCCUACCCAGCCGCCGGGCCUUUGCUGGCUGCACCAUGGUUGAAGGCAGUGUCUUUAGCCUGGGUGGCCUGCAGCAGCCUGGGCCCCACAAUUUCUACUCCCGGCCACACUUUGUCAACACUGUGGAGGUGUUCGACCUGGAGCAUGGGUCCUGGACCAAGCUGCCCCGCAGCCUGCGCAUGAGAGAGAAGAGGGCCGACUUCGUGGUUGGCUCCCUCGGGGGCCACGUCGUGGCCAUCGGGGGCCUUGGAAACCAGCCAUGCCCCCUGGGCUCCGUGGAGGGCUUCAGCCUUGCACGGCAGCGCUGGGAGGCACUGCCUGCCAUGCCCACGGCUCGCUGCUCCUGUUCUAGUCUGCAGGCAGGGCCCCGGCUGUUUGUUAUCGGGGGUGUGGCCCAGGGUCCCAGCCAAGCUGUGGAGGCACUCUGUCUGCGUGACGGGGUCUGAAUGCAUGAUGGCACCUGUUCAUUGAAGCAGCUUGGUGCCGGCACAGACGUCUGUGGCUCCUUUGGCUGCAAGGAAGCUCACUGUGUCUCUGUGGGAUGAAGGGGACCCAGGGGUGGGUACUCAAGACGCUGCCUCGGGGACUUGGGGCCCUCGUCUUUAGUGCGGGACACAUAUACACUCUAUCCCCAUUCAUUCAUGGGGCGCUCCUGGCUCCAUCUCUGCUCAGCUCUGGAACCUACUGGGCCCAGUGUGGCACCGGGAAGUGGAGGGAAGUGGGGGCCAGCCUCAUGCCCCACAGGGCCAGGCCGACCUGGAAUUGACCAGGCUGUCCGGAAAAGUCCUAGCUGCCAGCCUGCCUUGGGGCUCCUGUGGACGCAGGAGACAUGGAGGGAAGGAAGAGCGGCCGUGGGAGCCUCCAGAGGGCCAGAGGCAUGGCGCUUUCACGCUCCUCACACUCUGCUCUGGGGCCUCGGGCACGCCGCUUCACCUCUGUGUGCCCGAGCAGCCCCAUGUGCCAAGGGGGAUCUCUAAAGCCUUCCUGCCUUCCUCACAGGGCUGUUGUGAGGACCAGGGGGCCACCCGUGCAAGUAAAAGUGCUGCUGAAACCUG